AUGAAGAGCGGCAUCGAAGUCGAUCCCGCAAAGAUCCAAUCCAUCGUGGAAAUACCAUCCCCAAAGAAUUUGAAGGAAGUACAAAAACGCAAAGGAUCCAUAGCAGCACUCGGUAGAUUCAUCGCCAGAUCAUCAGAAAAAUGUAACCACUUCUUCAACAUCCUCAAGAAAGAGAACAAGUUUGCAUGGACCGCUGAGUGUGGAGAAACCUCCCAAAAGAUCAAAGAAUACCUGCCAACGAUCCCGAUACUCCAAACACCUGAACCCGAUGAGGUGUUGGCACGAUAUAUUGCUGCAACCGAAGACGCAGUCAGUGGCGUAUUGGUUAUAACCAACAUGAAGGUGGAGAAGUCGAUAUAUUACGUCAGUAAAACUCUCAAUGCGCCAGAAAGAAACUACACCAAGAUUGAGAAACUUAUACUGGCAUUAGUAUGGGCGACGCAGAAACUGAGAACCUACUUCUUGACUCACUAUGUUCGUGUCCCAAGCAAAGCCCCGCUGGAGUUUAUUCUCAAAAAUGCAGGAAAGGUGAGAAGAAUAGCAAAGUGGAAUACGCAGCUAGAGCAAUUUAACAUCAUACACGAGAUCCAAACUUCCCAAAAAUCACAAGACUUGGCGGAUUUCUUAGCGGACCUACCUAUAGAUAACGGCGAAGAAGUGAAGGGCAUACCAGGGGUGGACGAAGAUGGGAAAGACCCGAUCAACGUACUCGAACCUUCCAUCCAACGAAGAUGGGAAGUCUUCGUCGACGGAUCCAGGAAUAAGGAAGGUGCAGGUAUAGGGAUCGUUAUCACAACACCCAUUGGUGACAAAAUGGUAGAUGCGCUAAGGCUGGAAUAUGAAGGGCAUACCAACAACAUUGUUGAAUAUGAGGCAGUGGUACAUGCUCUCCGAUUGCAUACAUUCUAUGGUCCAAACUCUAGCAUGCAAGUGCCCAAUAUUAAGUUCCGAUAUCUGUGCAGGAAGGACAAUAGACAUGAGGAUGCCUUAGCUUACAUACCAUCAAUGCUAAAAGACAAUAAUGUUAAAGUCAUCAGAAUAACAAGAGUAUACCAGCCUUCGGUCAUUUCACCCAAAACCGUCGCUGCAACGAACUAUGAAAAUGAUGUUGGGGAAGACAUUGUCGGAGACGAUGCAGGGGAAGACAUCGCCGAAGACUCUGCUGAAGAUGAUAUCCUAUCAAGAGCCAAUGAGGAUGAAGACUUCAGCAAUGAAGAAGACUGGAGAACCGAGGUCCACCUCUUCCUUGAAGAAGGGGCACUGCCCGCUGACGUGAAGCAAGCUCGAAAAGUACAAUCAAAGGCAGGGAGAUACGAGCUUCGUGGCGGAGUCUUGUACAAUAAAUCAUUCCUCAGGCCUCUAUUACGCUGCUUAUCCAGACAAUAUGGUCAUUGUAUCUUGAAAUAUAUUCACUAUGGAGACUCAGACAAUCAUAGCGGGAUGAGGUCGUUGGCCGAAAAAGCGAAAACGCAAGGAUAUUACUGGCCACAGAUGAUACAAGACACUUCCAGGAUGUCUAGAAGGUUCGAAGAAUGUCAGCGGUUCGCCAAAAGGAUUCACGCUCCAUCAACAGAGUUGAAUUCAGUAGGAAGCCCGUGGCCUUUUGCAAAAUGGGGGAUCGACAUCGUCGGACCACUUGUUGAAGGCACAGGAAAAAGGCGAUUCUUGAUUGUAGCCACAAACUACUUCAGCAAAUGGGUGGAAGCCAAAGCUCUAGCCAGAAUCAGAGAUGUGGACGUAUUCACUUUUAUUUUCCAGCAUAUCAUUUGCAGAUUUGGCAUUCCUGCAGAAAUUUUUUCCGACGAUGGCAAGCAACUACAAGGAAAGAACAUUGACAUGCUCUUCAAUACAUUCAAGAUCACGAAGAACAAGUUCACUCCUAUCUAUCCCCAUAUUAACGGACAAGCCGAGGCCACAAACAAGACCCUUGCCCUUAUUCUCAAGAAAACGCUGGAUGAGCAUAAAGACCGAUGGUGUGAGGAACUACACAAUACCUUGUGGUCAUACCGAACCACGAGAAGAUCAGCAACCGGUGAAUCUCCUUUCCCGACGGAGAUAAUCAUGCCCACAAAAAAGACCGAAGCAUGGGCAAAGAACCUCACAGCGGAUAUGAUGCUGGAGAAGCUUGAUGAUCUAGAAGAAAAAAGGGAAACAACGUUACAAAGAAUGGAGAACUAUCAGCAUAGGCUAGCAAGGGAAUACAAUAAAAAGGUUAAACUUAGAAAUUUUUUAGAAGGACAGUGUGUGCUACGAACUAUACCGCAAUAUCAACGAGAGAAGAAAUGGGGGAGAAAUCCUAAGGCACCCUUGGAAUGCAAAAUACCUCAAGACAUACUAUCCAUGAAGCAACGCAGUUCUGCAUCUGCGUGA